AUGCUGCUUUAAACAGAUUCCUUAGCCAAUACAUUGAAUAAAGAAUUUAAUGGCUAUUCCUAUAAUAACAAGUCAACAAAAUCAACAACCUCUGAUUAUAUGUAGAUUAAUAAAAAUUUAUGUGAGAAAGUCUAUGGAGCAUUCAGCUAGAAUUAGAUAGCUAAUACUUUUAGAACUCUAGUCCAGAGUAACAGUCAUUUAACGGAUUUCCCGAAUCUAUAAGACGCACAGAAAUUGGAAAAUAUCAAUGACUGCAUAAAAAAUUCACAAAGUCCAUUUAAUGACAGGAUAAGAAAAUCAAGAGAAUAGAAAAUAAUCAGUUAUUAGCAGACUAAAAAUUCAGUAGAUUUAAACAAAUAGUAAUCUCGAAAAAAUACAAUUAACUAAAGUCUGAGCUAGAAUAAUUUUGGCGAGGGAAUGAUGUUUAGAAGUUUAUAAACAUUUUCUGCGCUAAGCAAUAACAGCUGCUAGAUUGAUUCAAAGUUUUAAAGCAAAGUAGGAAAUACCUAAGUAGCAGCUAAAAAAAGCCCUAUCAUUUAAAAAGACCAAGCGGUUAUUAAAAACUAGAAAAUUGUAAGCAGAGAUACUAGCUAUAAUCCAACAAAACCCACUUUUUCAAAUCAAAUAGCCUUUAAAAAAGACUCCUAAAGAUAAAAUAAGUAGAGAAUUUUAUCAAUGAAUACAAAUACAUUGGGGUAGAUUUGCAAAGAGCUUAAGAAAGAUAAAGUUGAGAAGGAUGUAUGCUAAUCACUUGCAAAAUACUAGAUGAAUGCUCUUAAACAUUCUGCAGGUGUAUAAUAAUAAAAUAUUAAUAAAACUAACAAUAGUUCAUCUUAAAAUUCAAAUUUAGCUGUUUACAAAAAUCAUUCAAUGAAUCAAAAGCAGAGUAAUGAGAGAUCAGAUAUGAAUGAAAAUGAUAAUACAACUCCUUUUAAUUUUAGCAGUGAAUAAUCCAAGAUUAACUACCUUAGUCAUGAUGAGAAUAAAAUUUAGCCAACCUAAAAUGAUCACCUAUCAAAUGGUUAAAUGAAAAUGGGAGAGUUAUUAUAAAAGCCAAGCGUGUAAACUAUAUCUUACAAUUACUCUCCAGAACUCAGAAGAACCAAUGACCCCAUUUUAGUAUAAUAAACAAGUCAAAGCAUGAAAACUAUAAGAUUAAAUAGCCCAUAGUCAUUAUCCCCCACAACCAAGAAAUCAAAUAUUAGCACUUUAGAAGAGAAUAAUAUUGAACUAUAAUCGAAAUCAAUAGGCUAAUCUCUAACUGAACGCUUGAAUAUCAUAAGCAAUGAUAAGAAAAAUAAAUUCAGCAAUGCAGCAAAUGCCACUGCUAUACAAAGUAUAAUCUAUAACAUCAAGAAAAAGGAGUAAAAGUGCAUCUGCAAAAAGAAGGAUUCUAGUGAUGAAUCAGCUUAAUCCUCUAGGAGGUAGAGUAGAAUGUAAUAUGGAGUAUAAUCUACUUUAGUCACUCCUAGCAGGGAUGAAUCUCAUUCUAUGAUUUAAUAGGAGGAUGGGAUAGAUUUCAUGCAGUAAAUUCUACCUUGUUCUGAAUAUUGCUAAAAAAUGGAGCCUACAAAACAAAAAGAAAUAAUAAAAGACCUUAUGAGAAAAGACUAUGGGCAAGAUUUGAAACUUUUCACUAAUAGAGGUGAUGAAGGAUUUCCAAAUGAAAGGAAAUUUAUUAUAGAAGCCAAAUGGUGGAACAGAUGGUGUGAUUACACUGGUUUCGAGAUGAUUUAAUCAUAGUAAGAUGAAAAAUCAAUAGAACUGUAAUUAGUAUCAGAAAAUAGAUUAUACGAGUCAAUAGAUCAAGAUGAUUCAAAAUCAGUAAGAGCAACGAGUUUAGUAUUCCAAAUAGAGAAAGAUAAACCAUAGAAUAAAUAAAAUACUUCAAAAUCAUCUGCUAGAUAUAAUGAUAGAUACAGUAAGAGCAAAAGAAAUACAUCAAAUGUACAGAAAAGCAAAGGGAACUCAAUCAUCUAACUUUUGGAUUAUGAAAAGAAAGAAUUAAAAUACAGCUAGAAUCUUGAAAUGCUAAGAGAAGAGAUUAAUAGAAGAAAAAAGCCACUUCUAAAUGAAACAUAAAAGUCUAUUAAUAAUUUGUAAGAAUAGAUAGCCAACAGUAGAGAAAGAGGAAGAUCUGAAUAAAACAAAAUAUAAGAAGUAGAAUACUAACAUCCAGGUAAAAUGAAGAACAUGAGACUGAUUGAUGAAUCUACCAGCCCAAAUUAGCAUUCAAUUGAAAACACUACCAUCUCACUUAAGAGUAAUUUAAUGGAACAUCAUGACUAUGAAGCAGUCUCGACUGAUAUUUGGAAAUACAUCUCAUCUUGGUAUAAAUUUGAUAUUCCUAUAACUAGAUACCUAAUUUUCGAUAGCAAGACAUAGAAGACUAUGCUUGACCUAUACCCUAAAUAACCUUUUUGA